AUAAUCAAGAAGAACUUUUCCAGGUGACGAUCUCUGAAAUUGCUCAGCAACCCAGAAGGCACGAUACGACAUUCAAGCAACAGCUUGCCUAACAUUUCUGUAUGGACAGUGGUGAGUGGAUGCCUCUUAAAUGAAUUGAGCACCCCUAAUUAACCUGAUUUUUUGCUGAUAAUCACUCACAAUGGAAUCAAAUCAAAAAUCCGGGGAUGGAUUGACCGGCACACAGAAAGAAGCAGCCCUCCGUGCACUAAUUCAGCGCACAGGAUAUAAUUUGAUCCAGGAAAAUGGACAAAGAAAGUUUGGUGGUCCACCACCUGGCUGGGAUGGCCCACCACCAGAGAGAGGCUGUGAGAUUUUCAUUGGGAAAUUACCGCGAGACCUUUUUGAAGAUGAGCUGAUACCAUUAUGUGAAAAAAUUGGCAAAAUCUAUGAAAUGAGAAUGAUGAUGGACUUCAAUGGAAACAACAGAGGAUAUGCCUUUGUAACAUUCUCUAAUAAACAGGAGGCUAAGAAUGCAAUCAAGCAACUUAAUAAUUAUGAAAUUAGGAAUGGACGACUCCUAGGUGUUUGUGCCAGUGUAGACAACUGCCGUUUAUUUGUAGGAGGAAUCCCAAAAACUAAGAAAAGAGAAGAAAUUUUAGCAGAGAUGAGGAAAGUCACAGAUGGAGUUGUUGAUGUCAUUGUGUAUCCCAGUGCAGCAGACAAGACAAAAAACCGGGGCUUUGCUUUUGUGGAAUAUGAAAGUCAUCGAGCAGCAGCAAUGGCAAGAAGAAAACUGCUACCAGGAAGGAUACAAUUAUGGGGACAUAAUAUUGCUGUAGACUGGGCUGAACCAGAAGUUGAAGUUGAUGAAGACACAAUGUCAUCAGUUAAAAUCCUUUAUGUGCGAAACCUGAUGCUAUCAACUACAGAAGAGACAAUUGAAAAAGAAUUCAGCAAUAUUAAACCAGGUGCAGUUGAAAGAGUAAAGAAAAUCAGAGAUUAUGCAUUUGUGCACUUUAAUAACAGAGAAGAUGCUAUUGAAGCUAUGAAAGCCUUAAAUGGAAAGGUGUUGGAUGGGUCUCCUAUCGAAGUGUCGUUAGCCAAGCCAGUAGACAAAGACAGUUACAUUAGGUAUACCAGAGGCACAGGGGGAAGAGGUACCAUGUUGCAAGGAGAAUACACAUACACAUUUGGACAUGUAUAUGACCCUGCCACAGCUUACCUUGGAGCUCCAGUCUUCUAUGCGCCUCAGGCCUAUGCAGCUAUUCCUAACCUGCAUUUCCCUGCUACCAAAGGGCAUCUCAGCAAUAGAGGCAUUAUCCGACCUCCAUCAAUAAGAGAAAUUUACAUGAAUGUACCUGUAGGGGCUGCGGGAGUUAGAGGACUAGGAGGACGUGGCUACUUGGCAUACACUGGUCUGGGUCGCGGAUUCCAGAUCAAAGGAGAAAAAAGGGGAGAAGACAAACUCUACGAUCUCCUGCCUGGGAUGGAGCUGACCCCAAUGAAUCAUGUCACAUUAAAACCCCAAGGAAUUAAACUUGCUCCUCAGAUCUUAGAAGAAAUCUGCCAGAAAAAUAACUGGGGACAGCCUGUUUACCAGCUUCAUUCUGCGAUUGGCCAAGAUCAAAGACAACUGUUCUUGUAUAAAGUCACUAUACCUGCCCUUGCCAGCCAGCAACCUACUAUACAUCCCUUCACACCUCCCAAGCUCAAUGCAUAUAUUGAUGAGGCCAAGACAUAUGCAGCAGAAUAUACCCUUCAGACCUUGGGCAUUCCCAUCGAAGGCACAGAGGCACCUGCCGCAGCACCUGCUUUUCCAGGAUUCACCAUCACCAAUGCAGCUGCAACUGUAGCAGCUACACAGCUGAAACAAGCAGUGACACUGGGACAAGAUCUAGCAACUUAUGCAACAUAUGAAGCAUACCCUGCCUUUGCUGUGGCCACUCGUAGUGAUGGUUAUGGAACUUUUUAAAAGAUUUAGUCUACUUGUAUUUAAAUCAAUACUUUCUGUUAAUCAAGUGGGGGGGAACUACUUCAGUCUGUUAAUUAUUAUGAUCUCAAAAUUUUAAAUCUAAUUUUAGAAGAUGGAUUAGUUUAGUGAUAGUUUUAUACUUCUAGACUGAGAGUUUUUUUAAUUGUUGGUAUAUGUUUCAUUAUAAAUUAGUUAAAUCAA